AUGGUUAAUGUUGAGGCAUCAACAGUUGAGGCUCUUGUGAAGUUCUGCUACUCUGGAAAAAUAAACAUUAGUGACACCAAUGUAUCGAGUAUUCUACACACAGCUCGUACCCUUCAAUUACACCAGGUUGAGGAGCUGUGUUGUGAGUUUCUCAAAGAAAGGUUGGAGCCAUCGAUUCCCUUGGUGAUGCGUGCGGUCACUGACAGCAAUACAUUUCCAGAAGCUCCUCUAUGUGCUGACGAGAAUGUCUUGCAUGAUUUUGAGAACGUUGUUAACACUGAGAAAUCUCACAAGCUCCUUGUUGACCAGCUAACUGAAUUAAUUUCAACUGGAGAGCUAAAUGUACAAUUAAUGGAGCAGGUUGCUGUUGCAGUUCUUCAGUGGAUUAAGUCCGACCUGUCAGCUCGGAAACCAUUUCUUUCGCAGGUGAUGGAACAAAUGGGACUUUGUUCUUCGGAAGUUCGGGAAGGACAACACAGCCACAGAAGGCCUAUCUCAGAAUCUUCUGAACGACCUGGCAAGGAAUUGCUGUCCACCCAACCUAAGGAUUCUUCUAAAUCUCGUGAAGUUAUAUACGUUGGUAUGGUU